CAUGCGUGGCUAACUGCCUAUUCCUGGUUCGAAGUACAACACUUGAAGACACUUGUAGAUGGUUAUGACAGAAAGGAGGAAGAUAACUUGGUGCUGAAAAAACUUAGUCACAAUGGCAGAUGCAGAAACAUGGACCUGUGAUCAAGUUGCACAAUGGUUGGAACAGAAUCAGUUCAGCCAGUACAUGGAGUUGUUUUGUGUGGUGCACAAAAUUGAUGGAAAGGCUUUGUUGACACUAAGUGAAACAGACCUGCGCCAGCCUCCUCUCCAAUUAUUAGUUCUUGGAGAUAUCAAACGUUUAAUUUUAUGUAUUCAUGAUUUACAAUCAGAAAGUGAUUCCGCCUUCUCUAUGGGACACCAUGGAAAAAGAAAGUUUAGAAUUAAUAAAUCCUUUACAUCACCAUCAAAGACGAGGAGAAGAACAAACAUCCAUUACUCAGAUAGUGAAGAUUCUGAAUCAGAAAAUGAUAGGGAAUACUUACAUGAAGAAGGUUUCCAGCCAGAAAGGAGCCCUCGACAAUCAAAACAUUUAGACUCAGAAAUAUGGAAGACAAUACUUGGUUUCCUUUAUGCAUUUACAGUAUUUUUGGUGACUUCAUUUGUAAUGGUUGUGGUUCAUGAUCGAGUCCCUGACACAGACAAGUAUCCUCCCCUUCCUGACAUAUUCUUAGACAACAUACCUUAUACUCCAUGGGCGUUUGAAGCAUGUGAAAUCAUAGCUGUCUGUCUUGGAACAAUUUGGAGUAUUGUGCUGGUGUUCCAUAAGCACAGAUUUAUUUUGCUGAGGAGAGUGUUCUCCAUCAUCGGUACAGUUUACCUCCUACGUUGCAUCACCAUGCUGAUAACAUCUCUGUCCGUGCCUAGCCCACAUCUUAAGUGUGAAGGAAAGAUGUAUGGUGACAUUUGGGCAAAGGCACAACGUACGAUGGAGAUCUGGAUGGGGAUGGGCAUGUCUUUGUCCGGAGUGCGGACGUGUGGGGACUACAUGUUCAGUGGACAUACUGUCUGUAUUACACUGCUCAACUUCUUCAUUACAGAAUACACGCCGCACCAUGGAAAGUACUGCUCUUACUACCUACACACACUUACAUGGGUGGCCAAUAUGUUUGGCCUUUUCUUCAUUCUGGCUGCCCACGAACACUAUUCCAUUGAUGUUUUCAUCGCCUUCUACAUCUCCUCCAGGCUUUUCCUCUACUACCAUGUCCUUGCCAACAACCGUUCUCUCAUGCUGCGUGACAAAAAUCGAAGACGUAUCUGGUUUCCACUUUUUUCAUUCUUUGAGUCCAAGUGUGAUGGCAUUGUGCCCAAUGAAUUUGAAUGGCCAUUCCCAAGCUUUGAAACCAUUUCAGCAUUUUUUAGGAAGCCAUCAGUUAAAAAAUUGUGACUUUAUUUCUGUAUUUGAAUUGUGCCUGUGACUUGUAUUGUCACUGUAUAACAGUAUAUAACGAAUUCAUUUUAGACUUUUAGAAAUGAUAAUGCUAUCUUUAUUUAUUAGUAACCCGUAUUUUACGCUUACAUAGAAGUAAAAGAAACCUAAACUAACAAAACUUUGUUCCAAGUUACAUCAAGACAUCAUAAUUCUCAGAGUUUUGGUUUAAACUGAAAUCAUGGAUAAAAUGUUCUUUUCUGAUUUAUAAUUUAGCUUCUAGUAUAAACUAAUUGUGAAAGGAUGCUCUGUAAAGGUCAUUAUACAUUUGUAUUUGAUGAUUCUAGGUAGAAUAAAAACAAGCCGUCACUUGUUAAGGACCUCUUUGCUCACAGAAUAAAAGUGAUUUGCAGUACAUUACAAUGAUAUUUACACAUCCAUGCUAUGUUAAACAUUUCCUUUAUGUUCCUUUUAUAUGAAACAAGAAAAUGUUCUGUUUGACUUGAAGUGAAAAAUCUUUUAAUGAACACAUAUUUUCUUAAUUGAAUCUUGUAAAUCCUGAGUUUAGUUUGGUUCAGUGUAAAACAGAUAUGUGUCAAGGCCAGACCCAAUUUACAUUGUAUGCCCGCAUGUAGUCUGUGAUAUGUCAGAGUGAAGUUGUUUUGGCACUGCAUCUAUUUAGUACUGUGAAAAGUUAUAAACCCCUUACAAAGGUGUUUGUAUGUUUGUUUGUUUGUAUUUAUGUCCUAUUAGCUAUGGUCAUAUAAGGACGUUACAGGUUUCGGUGGUGAAAGAAAACCCGAGUGCCCAGAGAAAAAUCGCCAACCUGCGACCAGUACUUGGCCAGUACACAAGAGUGUUUUUAUUAGAUAUAUAUGCAAUUUGCGAUUAGGCCAUAUAAAGAAAUGUUUCUGGUAAUGUUUGAAAAUGUAGUAUAGGUAGCCAUUGUAAGUGGGUAUAUCUUUGAUGUUAUUGUUCUGUGAACAUAUAUAUAUAACUUAAACACUGCUUGUUCAAAUAAACAUACAGUCCUUAAGAGUGAUGAUCAAACACAUAGUUGCUAAUGUAAGUAAUGCUGUUUGCCUUAAUAAGAGGUACCUCAGAACUCAUGGAAACUGGACCAGCUUGAAAUAGUUCAUAUUUGAUAUUUGAUAUAUGGGAAAUUAUUGGACAAUUUAGUCUCUUAUUGAGUACCAGGUACUAGCAACUUUGCCCUGUUCAAAUGUUUUUUGUUUCAGUAUAAGUUCCCUAUAAUACUCCUGUCAAUUUCCAAAACUAAACAUGUUUCUAAAGCAUUUGCGACCUACUUGUCCCUGCCUUCAUAGAAAGUGGGAUUAUGAGUGAUAAUCGAUACUCUUUUCAGUAGGUACAUGUAGACAAUGGAUAUAAAAAAUAAUUGUAGUAAAAACAAUUGUGUUUUACUUUUACACUAUUUCCCAACCAGUGAAGGCGUUUUAUAUUUGCUUAAUGCUUAUCUGCCCAUCAGUGUGAGAAUCAAUGAACACAUAUAUCACACUGGAAAUGCACCCCACUAACAUGAUCUUAACUGUGAUGCUAAAGACAAUUAUUCUUCAUGUACUGUCAAAAUAAAACAAAAAGGACUUUGAGUACAUGUAGCACUUUUGCUGUUCAACUGUUGUUUUUAAAUUUUUCACUAUUGGGAAAUAAAAACACUAUUCAGAUAUCUUAGCUUAUACCAUUUUCAUUGUAUCAAAUUUCUAAGACACUCAUGUAUCGGACCCUAUAUGGUAAGAAGUGUAUAUAAGUCCAUACCGUAUAUAAACUAUACAAGAGUUAUUUAGUGUUUGUAGCAUAUGGAAAAUAACAGUAAUUUUACGUAACCGAAGCUUAUUACACUUGUGUGAUUUGAAAAUGUUGGCAAUUGGCAAAUUAAGGCUAGACAUUUCUGUUGUACAAAAAUACUGGUACGUGUUUGUUUAGCACUGUUUAAUAUUUUGUUUAUACUAUUUACUAAAUGUACCAAAUCGCAAAACGCGGCGAACGAUUGUUAAAUCGCACAGUUGUGCUUACCAUGUGUGGACGGUGUGCACAUGAUAUAUGCACAAUGUGCGUACACUAUUUUUGGUACGUUUUUCGGUCACACUGUGUUUUUUUAGGUCACCUGAGACAAAGUCUCAAGUGACCUAUUGCGAUCG